CCGCCCUUUUUUACCCAGUAAAUUCAACUUAUCAAAACCUUUGUUUAUUUUUUUGUAUAAGCCCAGCGUUCACGCAACUAGCUGUUAACUUCAUCGGAAUUAUGGUUGCAUGUUGUCAGACAGAAGCGAUAAAAUUGAUGCUCGUGAAGUUCAACGUCUUGAUAAACGAUCCAACGACAUCGGAGGAGAUUCUAACGGAAGAGUUGAACGAAAUUAUUCGACUACAUUCGCUUGUUAAAGAUUAUCUAGCCAAAUUUCAAGACAAGUUCGGCUAUUUGGCUCUUUUCGUGUUCAUCACCGUAGCAAUUACUGUUGGCAUGUGCUUGAAUGUUGUUGCCAACCAUUUGAUAUCGUCCACUACAUUUUUGAUGUUGAGUGUUGCGUUAACUAGUUUCCUGUAUUGCUCCAUUGGAACGUAUCUACUUGUGGUCAAUGAUGGCCUGGUCAUCACAAUUUACGAUAUAGAUUGGUACAUGCUGUCAGUUCCAAAUCAGAGAAAAAUUUUAUUCCUACUGGCCAAUGCACAGCUGGAUCCAAGCCUACAUGCAUAUUUUUUCACUUUGGGUUUAUCUACAUUUGUUCAGAUAAUGAAAGCAUCCUUUUCAUAUUAUUCCCUACUAAAUUAAAUUUGUAGAAAGGCAAAAAUUAGCUCCAUUUAUUUACCAUGAAGUG